AAUAAAAAUAAAAAAGUUGAGAGGAUAAGAGCGUGUGAAAUUGAGUGGAAGCAAGAGAAUGUCGAACGCCAUAGUGAAUGGGAUUGCCGGAGCUGGCGGAGGUAUUGUUGCCCAGAUCAUUACUUACCCUCUGCAGACGGUGAAUACACGGCAGCAGACAGAGAGAGUUGCUAAGGCCUCAAUUCCAUGUGCAUCACCUCCUCGGAACACUCUCGUUCAGAUUUUUCAGCUCAUUAGAAGUGAAGGCAUCGGAGGGCUUUACAGCGGCCUCAAGCCAUCUCUGCUGGGCACUGCUGCUUCUCAGGGAAUCUAUUACUCUUUUUACCAGGCUUUCAAAAAUAAGGCCGUGGCUGUUGCCCUUGCAAAUAAAAGAAAAGGGCGAGGGGAUGGCACUCCAGGAAUGCUUUCUUGGCUUAUUGUGGCUGCACUUGCUGGCUCUCUCAACGUAUUGCUCACCAACCCUAUAUGGGUUCUUGUUACUCGUAUGCAGACCUACACUCAAGCAGAAAGGAAAAUUGUAGAGGCCAAAAAGGAAGCUCUGUUAAAGGAAGCUUCAGAGAAUGUUCUAUCACGUUCUUCUUUGGCCACCCAAUUAGCUCAACUUGAUUCAAUAAAGCCUCGCCCAUAUGGAACAUUUCAAGCGGCAUGCGAGGUUUAUAAUGAAUCAGGAAUUGCUGGAUUCUGGAAAGGCAUCAUUCCAACACUUAUAAUGGUCUGCAAUCCAUCAAUUCAGUUCAUGAUUUAUGAGAGUUUGUUAAAACGCCUGAGGAGUAAACGAUCUGCUAAGAAACAAGGUUCAACAAAUAUAAAAGCCGUAGAGAUCUUUGUAGUGGGGGCCAUUGCAAAGCUAGGAGCAACUGUUUGUACAUAUCCCCUGUUAGUUGUCAAGUCAAGACUUCAAGCAAAGCAGGAGAUUGGUGGAAAUAUUUCAUUAAGAUAUUCAGGUACAAUUGAUGCCAUCAGUAAGAUGAUACAUUAUGAAGGAGUGAGCAGCUUUUACAAAGGGAUGAGCACGAAGAUCGUACAGAGUGUGUUUGCUGCUUCGGUUCUUUUCAUGGUGAAAGAGGAGCUAGUCAAGAUUUAUGAUGUGAUGAGGAUUGCCAAGUGAUAACAUUCGCAAAAUUGUGAGAAUAUGGGCAUGUACCUUCAUCACUACAAUUCCUUCACAUACUUCUCAUACAUAAAGUUUACAAUCGAGAAAAUACAGUAUGUAACUAUAUAGUAUUCUUGCCAACUUCAUGUUACAUCUCACGCAUAUAAAAAGAGUGGAUUGAUUUA